AUGGCGGCGCCGAAGGCGACGAUCUCGCCGAUCGCGGGCGUGCCGGCCUCGAACUUGUGCGGCAGCUCGGCGUACGUCGAGUGGUCCAGAAAGACGUCGGCGAUCAUCUCGCCGCCGCCCAUGUACGGGGGCAUCUGCUCCAGCAGGGCCCUCCUCCCCCACAGGAAGCCGACGCCGGUCGGGCCGCACAUCUUGUGCGCCGACGCGACGAAGAAGUCGCACCCGAUGGCGCCCACGUCCACGGGCAUGUGCGGCACGGACUGGCACGCGUCCACGAGGACGAUGGCGCCGGCCGCGUGGGCCGCGCGCGCGAUCUCGGCGACCGGGUUGAUGCACGCGAGCACGUUGGACACGUGCGAGCACGCGACCAGCUUGACGUUGCCCUCGGCCAGGAUGCGGUCGAGCGCGGCGAGAUCGUACUGCUCGUCGGACGUGAGCGGGACGGGGACGACCUCCGCGCCGACCUGGGCGGCAACCAUCUGCCACGGGACGAGGUUUGCGUGGUGCUCCAUGACGGACACGACGAUGCGGUCGCCGCGGCGGAGGUUGGCGGCGCCCCACGCCGCGGCGACCAGGUUGAUGCUCUCGGUGGCGUUGCGCGUGAAGACGACCUCGUCGCGCGACGGGGCGCGGAUCAGGUCCGCCACCAGGUCGCGCGUGCGCUCGUACGCGUCCGUGGCGCGCGCGGCGAGUGUGUGCGCGCCGCGGUGGACGUUGGAGUUGAGGCUGUCGUAG